CCUUUACAUGCCAUUCUCGUCACGUGCUACUUUUUCGAAUCGUAUCCCAUUACUUGUCAUGUUGCACUUUGUUUUCAGCAUAAUAACAUUUCUAUUGUUGUUGCUGAUGUGACGCUACCUGAAUCCAAAUUGUCGUCACUCCUGGCACCGCAUCAGCCUUUCCACCUACUGGUCAACAACGCAGGUGUGGGAAUGCUGGAGUCCUGUCUCACAAUAAGUGAAGAAUUCGACACCAAUCUAAAAGCCCCUAUUAUUUUGGCCAAAAUCGUCGCCAAUGAAAUGGUUCGCCAUGCGAUUCGUGGUUCUAUCGUGAACAUUUCAUCACAAGCGUCAAUGCGACCAAUAGAUCACCAUACUGUUUAUUGUGCGAGUAAAGCAGGUUUGGAUAUGGCAACCAGAUGCCUUGCAAAGGAGCUAGGAUCACAUGGAAUCAGAGUGAAUUGUGUGAAUCCAACGGUAGUAAUGACAGAGAUGGGAAAGACGGUAAAACAAGUUUUUAAUACAGAAAAUAUUUUCGAAAAGCCAUGUUAA